CAAAAUAUAUUUUUUUAAAGAAAAAUCAGAAUUGCAGAUUUUAUUUUAUUAUUUAAGCUUCAUUAAUAAAACAUUGUUUUAGUAAAUAUUGUCCGACUUCCGUUCUUGCGCUGAAUACCUAUUUCCGAAAACAAUCAUGUCGGCAGACGAAGAUACCGAGCUUCGUGAUCUUGUAGCUCAAACUUUAGAGACAAAUGGAGUUUUAGGAAAAAUCAGGGCACAGCUGAGGGCCAGUGUGUUCCUAGCUUUAGAAGAACAAGAAUCUUCACAGAAUAAGACUCCAUUUGCAAACCAUGACCUGAGGAAAUUUCUGAGUACAAAGGAAGGGAAAGCUGUAGCUGGUUUGAUAAAAGAAUUCCUAGAAUUUUUCCAGUUAGAAUAUACACUAGCUGUGUUUGAACCUGAAGCUGGACUGAACAUACCCCAUGAGUCGAGAGAUACACUUGCCAAAGAAUUAAAUGUCGCAGAUACUGGCCAGUCAGCUGGGCCCCUCAUUGCAGAAUUGGUCCAACAGAAAGGAUCAUCCCCCAGAUCUAGAACCCCUACACAUAUCAGUCCUGAGGAAGGGCAUCAGGGUAUACCUAAGGAUUUAACCAGUAAACAGUUAGAAGAUGCACACCAAAAAUUUGAAUAUUAUGACAAGGAUGGUAAUGGUGAAAUUGACAAAGAUGAACUCAGAGACUUAUUUAUAGAUAUUUUUCCAGCAUUCAAUAGGAACAUGUUAGACCGUUACGUGAAUGAUGAAUUUAGGGCAGCUGAUAAAAAUUUUAGUAGUAGUAUAAGCUUUGAUGAAUUUAUUGAUAUGUACAAACGCCUGUUUUUACUUUGUCGAACGGUUGUGUCAGGAGAAGUGUCAGAUAUUUUACCUCAGAAAUCUUCACAAAAGAGUAAUAGUAUCUCAGAAAACAGAAGUUAUGUCGACUCUAAAAACCAAAAGAAUUUACAGAACAGUAAACAGAAUGACAUGAGGAAUGGGCCUAGAUUUGGUUCUGAUGGUAGUGACAUAGAGGAAGAUCCUUUCUUUGAUGAUGCUGUCCCAUCCAAUAAAUCAUACAACAGAAGACAUGCAGACCUGGAACCAAGAGGAAUUGGAAGGCCAUCUCAAAUCCCUGUCUACUCAAACUUCAGGAGGUCUGAGUUCGUUGAACAGCCUAAAAGUAAAGAUACUCGACAAAAUGGAACAAAAUCUCCUAGUUACGGAACUGGUGCUUUGUCUUCACUUCAAGGUCUUCCUGCAUUAAAUCAAAAGUCACCACGGAAGUCUCCUCGAGUUCAACAAUUAAUGGAGAGUGACACGGAGGAAAACUUACGAGCUAUGGAUCGGGGUAUGGCAGAUCUGGGAUUAGAAGGUGAUUUUGAUUAUGAUGAUGACUUCCAAAGCUCAGGACAUAGUAUGAGUAAGAAUAGUCCACGUACAGCCCGGUCAGAACAGAAUGGUGGUAGUAUUGUAGAGGAGAUAGAGGAAGAGAUAGAUGAUGAUGAUGACGUCUCUAUUGAAGCUGAUGAUUUAUUAAGAAGUGAAAGAAGUGGGUGUGAUGAUUUAACUACAGACAGAACAAUUUCUCAACAUGAUGGAUUUGAUUAUAUGGAGGAUGUACAAUCACCUUGAGGAACUAGUCUUACGAUCUGUGAUAUUAUUGUAAAGUCUCAACACACAGGCCAAAAUAUGACUUAUUGUUUAAUGUAACUUAGCCACUCUGCCUUGUAUGAAAUCAUACAACAUUUUACAUAUAAGAAAACUAUCAUCAUAUGAAUCCAUUUGGUGAUGGUAAAUACAUUGACAUAUUUUCUUUUGAUUUGGUUAUCAGUAACAUAGAGUUCUUAGAUGAAAUUCAAUAAAAGUAUUUACACUUUGAAAUUUCUCCAAAUGACCUCAGAUCUGUCCAAGAAUAAACUUCUGACUUCAAGCAACAAUCACUUUUUUGUGACAUCAAAUUUUUGGGACAUACAUUUUACAGGAUUCGUGUUUGAUUAUUUGACAGUUGAAAUGAAAGAAAAAUUAGCAUACAAAUGUAAAUAUGUCUAUGCAGUCUGAUUAGGAAUUGAAAUAUUUAUAUAAAAGGAAAAAAAUAGUGAUAGAUUUAACAUUUAAGGAGAAAUAGUAAGAAAAUAUUGGUUUUAUUUUUGUGUAUUACUAAUAACUUUUUAAGUAGUAUAAAUUGACCUGACAUAACUAGAAAAUGAUAUAAGGUAGAAAAAUAAUCCUAUAAUGGUAAUAGACUAGACCUCUUCGUUAAUUAUAACUUGAUAUCUAAUUAUUUCAUGUUUGGGAAGG